AUGUCAUCGCCAUUUCGAGUACUUUCGCCAUCCCGAGUACAAACUAAAUUCGAGGAAAAUUCCCUACCCGCUAGAUACUUCACUGGAAUCAUGAUAUUUUGUUUUGUGGUAGGUACCGACCUUGAGAACGUCUUUGAAAUUGAAGGCUUCGCAGAAAUGAGCAUUUCGAAACUAAGGGAUGUAAUCUAUGAGAAGAAAAAGAAAUUUUUCGAAAACCAAAGUUAUGAUUCCUGCGAUUUGAACCUAUGGGUGGUGGAUAUACCUUACGAUACAGAGAACGUUCAACUGAGAACACUUCAAAACAGAUCCCGUGAUAUGGAGAAAGAAAAAAUUAUUAUACAAGAACUCGGAGGUAAAAAGUUGUCUCCAGUUGAUGAUAUUGGCGACAUCUUUACGUAUGACUCCAAGCAUAUCCGUAUCAUCGUACAAAUUCCAACGCCUCCGCCUGCCACCACUGUUACGCCGAAGUACAUCCCUUCUGACGAAGUUAAAAUUGAAAUUAAAAACAAAGUUUUGAAGACCUUUCCACACGUAGAGAUUUCUUCAGAGCUUAUUGACGCGCUCGCCUUGAUUUGGGACGUCAGGGUAGCGUAUAAUGACUUCCCAGGCCAACAAAAUGAUCCGUAUGUUGAACUGAAGAAGGAACCCUCUUUUUUCAAAGUAAAUUUUCCCCGUGGGAUAACCAAGGAAACUUCAAAAACGGUUGAUCUGUGUCUCCCUUCCUAUAGUAAAUCCGGAAUGAACUAUCACAAUCCCUUUUAUGAUGAUCCACAAUUCACAAAAAUAGUUUCUCUUGUGCAAACAAAGAUUGAUGAAAAUCCGGGAGACAUAAUUGUGAUUUCUGGGGUUUCAGGUGGUGGAAAAACAUCAACAUCAUUUGGAAUUGCUAUGAAAAAUUGGUCAAUUUAUAUUGAUUUUUCUCCUCGCUUAGGGAAUUAUCCUGGCAGCCAGUUGCAAUCAGAGCUUAAAGAAAUCAGAGGUGCAAACCCCCAGUUUGAACGUAUUGAUCAACAAAAUAGAGCAUUUCAAUUGCUUGACAUAGCAGUAAUCUCACGCGGACUUUUACUUAUUAAGAUGCUUACUGAGGGAAAAAUUUCAACACCAAGUGAAUGGCUGUUUGUACAGCUUCGAAACAUGACUGAUUCUAAAAUCCGAGAGAAAUUAGGCAAUGAAAUUUAUGAUAAAACAAGUCUUUACUUUUCCAAUAUUAUCCAAGAGAUUAACGAUUUACUCAGUAUAAGUAAUCUAGUCUUAAUAUUUGAUGAGGCACAAGUCCUAUGUGAGUCCGUAUAUGGAAAAUAUGAAGGGAGUUCAGUUCCUGGCAAAAAGUGGAGUCUUUUGCAAGGUUAUGUAGCACAUCUUAUCCAGCAUCCCGUUACCUGCCUUCUUGCUGGAACAUACAUGCAUAUGGCGAGCGGAAUUUCUCUUGUCACUUCUAUUGGAAAAUUCCCACGUAUGCACGCUCAUAUUGUUCUAAAACUUCCCUUUCUCUUAUAUGAUGAUGUCCUGCGUAACCUUGAUGCCGUAUUUGAUAUGACGCAUGUUAUGCCAAACAUUCGCGACCUCUUAGGAUAUGUUCUCCAGGGGCGACCUCGAAACUGUGCAUCAUUUGUUCAGCUAUUAAUAACAAAGAAUAGAUCAAUUGGUAAAACGAAAAAUCAAGUGUUAAAAGCACUUAUUCCGUUGUGGUAUAACAACAUGUGCUCUGAUAUGGCAAAAUAUUUGCUAACUGCGUGUGAAUAUUUUGGUGCAGAUCAUAUAAAUCCAGAGAAAGCAAUUAUGGAUGUUCUUAGACUUCGUGUUUUUUAUAAUCAUAAUUACAUGGAAGCUAUAAGACUUCUCCAGCAUAGCAUCAUUCCUUGCAUGUCACCAGAAUGCAUUGUUCUUGGCUCUAAAGAUGAAGUUUCUAAUGAAAUCGAAAUAAACCCAUCGUUUGAAUCUUAUCUUAUUGACGGCAUUGCAUUAUAUCUAAAAAAGACACAAAGACAAAUGGUAGAUGUCUUUGUUGACAACAUUAUCACGCUUAAUAAUAUUUCAUCAAUUGGCAAUGAACUUGAUGCAGUUUUUAUUACAGCAAUCAUUAAUAAACGUGGGUUUAAUGCACGAAAAGAACUUAAUAAAUGGAAAAAUGGACAACAAUUUGACCUUCCUUCAUGGAUCACUCCCACAAUGGAGUUUGUUACAACUUCAAAUCUAUCAGGAUGCAUUCCUAUAGUCAAAUAUGUUAGUGAUCCGAUGUAUUACUCUUAUGCAAUUCAACCGGAGAUAUACUCAGGAUCAGAUGUUGUGUUUUAUCUUGCAGAUGAUAAUCACAAUACGCUGCUAGUAUCGGUAAGCUGUACAGUUUCUUGUGAUCCUAUUAAUAAAGAUAAAGUCAUGGAACAGUCAAUGAAGGCAUGUUUGAGGCAUCAAUAUAUGGAAUGUCGAAAAAAAGAUGAAGAACAAUUUUCUUCUAGGAAACCAAACCGCCUCCAAAUUGGUCUUGAUAAGAGUAAUGAUUUACCGUAUGACUUUACAGCUAAUGAAGGGGACAAUAUGGAAUGUUCAAGAAAGCGGAAAAAAGAUGAAGAAGAAUUUUCUUCUAGGAAACCAAAACGCCUUCUUGGUAAGAGUAAUGAUUUACCGUAUGACUCCACAGCUAAUGAAGGGGACAAUUUAGAAAGAGAGAAGGAAAAGAAGAAAGAAAAGAAGAAGGAAAAGAAGAAAGGGAAGAAAGAUUUAAAUUAUGAUUUAAACUACACUGAGAAUACCAAGAACUAUCGGAUAUCUAAGGUCCCUGAGCACGCAAAUUAUCACGAGCAAAUCAAAACUUCUACAGAGAAUCAAAGACAUAUUUAUGUUUUACUGGAGCUUCCACAUAGAAAAGACAAAAGACCAGAGUUAUUUCGGUUCAAUGAAUAUGGUGACCUUGUGAUUGUUGUGGAUGAUCGUAACAUGGAAUAUAUUUUUGGACCAGCCAUUAAGAAGCUAGUGGAAAGAAUUAGGCGUGUAAAAAAACUCCCCAAAAAAUAG